UUUCCUCCUCCAACAUUCAACCAACUUCGUCUCUUCUCCUGGGACGCAAAUGAGUUCCAGGAAAGAGGGGAAGAGAAAGGAAGAAGAAGGGAAAAAAAACAACAACAUUAUUUUUCGUGCGUGCAUGAAGAAGGCGUCAACUUCCUGCAAACAUUCCCUCCUCCUCCGCCUCCUCCUCCACCCGUGAGCUGUCCCACGCAGGCUUCCUCGGUGCGGACGUGUGAGCGGUGCAGACAUGGACUGGGGGACUGAUCUGUGGGACCAGUGUGAUGUCAUCGACAAACACACACAAGCGGGCCUGGACCUGGUGGAGCGCUACAUCAAGUUUGUCAAGGAGCGCACUGAGAUCGAGCAGAGCUACGCCAAGCAGCUCAGGAGUCUGUCAAAGAAAUACACAAAGAAAGGUGCCAAAGAAGAGCAGGAGUGCAGGUUCAGUAACCACGCAGCGUUCCAGGACAUCCUGAACGAGCUGGGCGACUAUGCGGGUCAGAGGGAGUUGAUCGCAGAGAACAUGAUGACCAGCGUGUGUGUGGAACUCACCAAGUACUUGCAGGACAUCAAGCAGGAGCGCAAAUCGCAUCUCUCUGACGCCAAGAAAGCCCAGCAGACCCUGGAGAGCAGCUUUAAACACCUGGAGAGUACUAAGAAGCGCUUUGCCAAGGAGUGGGCGGAAGCGGAAAAAGCGUCGCAACAUGCAGAGAAGAUCGAGAGCGACGUCAACGCCUCAAAGAUUGACGUGGACAAAGCCAAGCAGCAUUUGCACGCCCGCACGCACAUGGCGGAGGAGUGCAGGAACGACUACGCCGCCCUGCUGCAGAACUACAACAAGGAGCAGAAGUCGCACUACUUCGCGGAGAUACCGCAGAUCUUCAACAAGCUGCAGGACAUGGACGAGCGGAGGAUCCGGCGCCUCGCCGACGGUUACUGCCAGUUCUCGGACAUCGAGAAGAAGGUGCAGCCCAUCAUCGCCAAAUGUUUGGACGGGAUCUCCGCCGCUGGAGCGAAGAUUGACGAGAAGCAGGACUCGCUGCUGUUCAUCGAGCAGCACAAGUCCGGCUUCGAGCGCCCGGGCGACGUGGACUUUGAGGACUACACGCUGGGAAUCAAGGCCGCCAGCUCCGACUCCAGCCUCAACCCGCCCAAAGUCCGCGCCAAGCUCUGGCCCUUCAACUGGAAACAAAAGACGUCGCACGCUGACAAACACAGGCCGCCGGCUGCAGAGGACUUCUCCCAUCUUCCUCCAGAACAGAGGAAAAAGAGGCUGCAGGCCAAGAUUGAUGACAUCAGCAAAAAACUAAACAGGGCGCAGGAGGAAAGUGAAGCGCUGGAGAAGAUGAAGGGUGUGUACGAGCACAAUCCUGAAAUGGGAAACCCGUCCACUCUGGAGCCUCAGAUCACAGAAACAGCUCACAGCAUCGGCCAUCUGAAGGGAGAACUCACUAAAUAUGAAACGUGGCUGUCAGAGGCGGUGGGAGGAGACGAGUGCAUCAACAACAACAACACGCCGCUCACGGUGGAGAAUAACCAGAACAACCAGAACAUCUACUCGGAGUUUGACGACGACUUCGACGACGUGGAGACCCCCGUGGGCCAAUGCACGGCCUUGUACACCUUUGAAGGCAACAGCGAGGGCACCAUCUCCAUCACGGAGGGCGAGCUGCUGAGCGUGAUGGAGGAGGACAAAGGAGACGGUUGGAUGAGGGUCACUCGGGCCAGCGGCGAGGAAGGCUUCAUCCCGUCCUCGUACAUCAAGCGCUCCUCCUAACGGAGGUUCGCUCUUUUAUUUUUAACUCCUGAAUGUAUAAAAGUGUUGAUCGGCGCAGUUAGUGACUUUUUUAAAAAUAUUUAACAACCUGCUGAAGACACGCCCCCCACACUUCCUGAUUGGACACUUAACGAAACCACGCCCCCCUGCACCGUAGCAUGUUGUGUUCGCUGUUGAAAGGUCACAGUCUGGUUAGCUGCAGCCUGACUGACACUGGAGCUCGUCCACCUGGUCCACGCACAUAACGUCUAUUGUACAUUAAAUAUCAAACAUGUCCUUUUUAUUACCUUUUUUCCCUUUUCUGUCACCACCACGUCUGACAUCUUCUUUGUUUUCCUGAUUUUCUUGCCUUAUUCCUGUUCGCUUCCUCACGCCACUCGGGCCUGAGCGCCAACUCCCUCACCUGUGCCCAAUCAGGCACACCUGUUCGCGGUCGCCAAUCGGGCUUCCUUAUAAGUUACGGACAACGUCACAUGUUUUGUGGACCCCCCCCUCACGUUAAACAGUGUCUUAGCCGCACAUCGCCCUCCUGCAUGUUCCCUGCGUGCUGGGGUCCCGACGACCGCAGGCAUGCGUGUUGGUGACGUCGUCGUCAUCGUCGCAAAUAUCAAAGUAAGCCGACCUGUUACGUUUUUUAAAGUUGUUUCUAAAGUGCGUUUUCUGACUAGUGACGUCAUCCAACACGUUUGUCCCAUUCUUUUUUUGUCUUAAAGGGGAACUGCACCUUUUUUUUAUUUUUAUGUCCCUAUCAUUCACAAUCCUUAUGUAGGACUUAUGUUGAGUUUAGUUUUUUAUGCAUUCUAAAAAGUAAAUAAAUGCAAUCAAAGGUCAGCUAACAAUCUUAAAAAACUAGAGAUGUCCGAUAAUAUCGGACUGCCGAUAUUAUCGGCCGAUAAAUGCUUUAAAAUGUGAUAUCGGAAAUUAUCGGUAUCGGUUUCAUUGCUGUGUACACGGACGUAGGGAUAAGUACAGAGCGCCAAUAAACCUUAAAGCCUUUGCGUGCCGGCCCAGUCACACAAUAUCUACGACUUUUCACACACACAAGUGAAUGCAACGCAUACUUGGUCAACAGCCAUACAGGUCACACUGAGGGUUGUGUAUAAACAACUUUAACACUGUUACAAAUAUGCGCCACACUGUGAACCCACACCAAACAAGAAUGACAAACACAUUUCGGGAGAACAUCCGCACCGUAACACAACAUAAACACUACACAACAAAUACCCAGAAACCCUUGCAGCACUAACUCUUCCGGGACGCUACAAUAUACACCCCCCCCCCGCUACCCCCACCCACCCCCACCUCAACCCUGCCCACCUCAACCUCCUCAUGCUCUCUCAGGGAGAGCAUGUCCCAAAUUCCAAGCUGCUGUUUUGAGUCAUGUUAAAAAAAAUAAUGCACUUUGUGACUUCAAUAAUAAAUAUGGCAGUGCCAUGUUGGCAUUUUUUUUCCAUAACUUGAGUUGAUUUAUUUUGGAAAACCUUGUUACAUUGUUUAAUGCAUCCAGCGGGGCAUCACAACACAAUUAGGCAUAAUAAUGUGUUAAUUCCACGACUGUAUAUAUAUCGGUAUCGGUUGAUAUCGGGAUCGGUAAUUAAGAGUUGGACAAUAUUGGAAUAUCGGAUAUCGGCAAAAAAGCCAUUAUCGGACAUCUCUAUAAAAAACAUCCUUCAUGAAGGUUUUAUAUUCAUGAUGUAAGUAUAUAUAUGUCAUGUAGCAACUGGCACAUUCAUAAUAACAUGUAAUAUUUACGUAUUCAUAUUCGUAUAUCAUUUUAAGCAUACAUUUAUUUUGAAAGUGCAUCCCGACGUUCACUUUUUUCUUCUACCCACUGCAGACUUUAUGAGAGACAAAAACGUAAUAAAACAUCACUUACUGUACAAUGUCUGCUGUCAUUGGGAUGCCUAUUUAUAGAAUCUUGUUAUAUUCCCGUUUAGUUGAAGA